UACCUCAUACGGUAACUCACUUCUUUGGUCAGGGGCACUCAGCUGCUUCAGAAUUAUUUGUCAGGCCAUUUGUCCUGAGUCGAAUAAGGCAGCGAUUGUAAAUGGAGUUGUUUCAGGAUCAAGCUACCAUAUCCAGGUCAGCAGCCGACUAACUCUUUCGCGCAAUGGACUGGAACAGCUAGAGUUCACCGCUUCCGCGGCCUUUCGCGUCGACUAUGGGCUUGCAAACACGUGAAGCUCACCGUCAGAUAAUGAAAACGAGGUUCGUAGUACGGUACUGAUCAUUGUAACAAUGGUGCCUAUUUGCAAGAAGCUUAUAUUCCUGUUGGUCCAUCACUCCGUCACGAAGCUGUUAUUAUCCACGAGGGCAACAUCCUAUGUCAGACAGUAAGUGCAUAUGUAGGUUACCUAGCG